AUGCCUAUGUGGAGUGAUAAGAUGAAGAGUUCACACAGUGUUGUGCCAGUAGCUCAGCCUCCUAGGAGAGUGCCAUUUCAUGUGCGUGAGCAAGUUGAGCAGGAACUUAAAAGUUUGGAGGAUAUGGAUGUUAUUGAAAAAGUGGAAGGUGUGCCAACACCAUGGCUAUCGAACCUGGUAGCUGCUUCAAAACCAAUUUCACCAGGAGAAGUAAGAGUGUGCAUAGAUAUGAGGAAAGCCAACACCGCAAUCAAAACAGAAAAAAAUGUUAGUCCGACGGUGGAUGAUAUAAUCUUAACGUUGAACGGCGCAAACGUGUUUUCGCGUCUCGAACUGUACAAAGCUUUCCAUCAAAUUGAACUGGAUGAGUCAUCACGUAUAAUGACAACGUUUCAGACACAUGUUGGACUUUUUCGAUAUAAACGUUUAAAUUUUGGAGUGUCAGCAGCACCGAUUCUGUUCCAAAAUGAGCUUCGCCAAGCACUUCAGGGUCUGACAGGCGUGUUAAACAUUGCUGACGAUAUCGUAUGCUACGGCAAAACGCGUGAAAAACAUGAUUUCAAUCUGCGAGCAUUACUUCAACGUCUUCAAGAACGGAACCUGACAUUGAACAAGAAAAAAUGUUCGUUCGGACAAUCAAAAAUCCAGUUCUACGGAUACGUGUUUUCGGAAUCGGGAAUUUCACCUGAUCCUGACAAGGUAGAUGCAACGAUUUAUAGACCAGGUAGUUUAAUGAUCUCAGAUUAUCUUUCCAGACAUCCGCACGCGAGACACGCGACCAACACAGUAGACGAACAAUAUAUCAGUUUUAUCACUGAUAAUACUUUGCCAGAUGCAUUGAAGCUAUCAGACGUAGCAAAAGCUACUAAAUCAGACUGUGUAUUAAGUUUUGUCAAGAAUGCAAUAGAAACAAAUGACUGGAAAAAUCAGAAAUGCCAAUCCGAUGAAAGUUUUCGUUUAUAUGAAAAUUUAAACCAGAAUCAAGAACUUGCAGUUGCAAAUACCGAUGAAGGAUAUGUGUUGUUACGAGGUACACAGCUUUGUAUACCGGAAACUUUGCAAAAGCAAACAGUGUUACUUUCGCACGAGGGUCACCAAGGCCAAUCAAAGUGCGAAGGAUUACUUCGGGAAUAUUGUUGGUUCCCGCAUAUGGAUAAAAUGGUUGAAAAAGCAUGCAAAUCAUGCAUUGUGUGCCGAGCUGCAUCACCAGGAUGUACUCCAGAUCCGAUCAAACCAGCACCUCUGCCACGAGAUGUGUUUUCUGAAGUCAGUUGUGACUUCUGUGGACCAUUCCCGGACGGGUACCUGUUAUUAGUAGUAAUAUGCGACUAUAGCCGUUUUCCAAUAGUUGAGAGAGUCAGGUCAACAUCCGCAGAAACUGUCAUACCGCGUUUGGAAUCAAUAUUUUCGAUAUUUGGAUAUCCAGACGUAUUGAGAACGGACAAUGGACCUCCAUUUCAGAGUCGUGCUUUCAGAGAAUAUGCUGAAAAGUCGGGAUUCAAGCAUAAACGAAUUACUCUAUUGCACCCACAAGGUAAUGCAAUAGUCGAGCGAUUCAUGGCACCAUUGCAAAAAUCAGUCAAAACCGCAAUAGCAUCAGGUCAAGAUUAUAAGACAGCGUUGAAUAGAUAUCUAAUGAAUUUUCGCAGUUCGCCACAAUCUUCAACACAAAAAGCUCCAAGUGAAUUAAUGUACAAUCGGAAAGUAAAAACGAAAUUACCAUCAAUGACAUUUGAAAAGCAAGACACAGAUGUUCGCGACAGGGACAGUCUGUCAAAAUCGAAAAACAAAAUUUAUGCGGACAAAAACAGAAGAGCACAGCCAAGUGCAUUGAAAAUUGGAGACCGUGUGUUACUAAAACGGGAACAACGUAACAAAUUUGAGACAGUGUUUGACCCUACACCUGGCAUUGUCAUUGCUAGGAAAGGUUCGAUGCUAACAAUCAAGCACAGAGGAAAGGAAAUUACACGAGACGGGUCAAAGUUCAGGGUAGUUCAAGGUAGUCAUGAGCCGGCGCAGACGAAACCUGCAGAUACUGUAUUUGCACCACGUCAAAGGUCGCAAAGGAAACGAAGACCGCCUAGACGUUUUGUCAAUGAAUAA